AUGAAGAUCAUGUCUUGGAAUGUUAGAGGAUUGGGGAGGCUGGAAAAACGUCGUAGAGUGAAACAGCUGAUUAAAGAAAAAAGAGUAGAUGUUGUACUCCUUCAAGAAACUAAGAGCAGAGAUAUUGAUGUUCCCUUUGUGCGAUCUAUUUGGCCUUGGGAGAAGCUGGAGUUUAUGGGUGCAGAUUCGGAUGGGAGUGCUGGAGGGCUCUUGAGUAUCUGGAACCCUGAAGUUUUCUCCUUAUCAGAGUGUUGCAGUAACAGAAAUUUCUUGCUUCUGUCAGGUACUCUGUCUAGUUCAUUUGAGUGUGUUUUCUUAAAUAUUUACGCUCCAAAUGAUGUGGUUCAUAGAGCUAAGCUAUGGGAUUCUAUCCUCAAUAUAAGAUCCUCUUUCCAAAAGCCUUGGUGCAUGGGUGGUGAUUAUAAUGAGAUUAGAGUUCCAGAUGAAAGAAGAGGAUGCUCUAGAAGUUCCAAAGGGAUGCAGGAUUUUAAUAAUUUUGUUGAUCUGCUGGAAUUGAUGGAUUUACCAAUGUUGGGUAGGAAGUUUACAUGGUGUAAUUCUGUGGACGGUGAUAGGUGGAGUAGAAUUGAUAGGUUUUUGUUGGAUCCCCUAUGGGUAGAAACCUUUAGUUUGAAGUUGUGGGGCUUACCUAGACUGGUGUCCGACCACUGUCCUCUAUUGCUUACGGAAGAUGAGAAAAACUGGGGCCCUAAGCCGUUUAGGUUUCUGAAUGCUUGGACCCUGCAUCCUAGCUUCUUGUCUGUUGUGCAAAAGUCCUGGUUGGAUGCGCAGGUACAAGGGUGGGCUGGGUUCAGAGUAAAGGUGAAAUUGUGUAGUCUCAAAGCCGAGUUGAAACGGUGGAACUCUGAGGUGUUUGGUUGCGUGGAGGACCAACUUAGAAAGGCUGAAGCUGAGUUGCAUGAGCUGGACCUGGUGGAAGAAAUGGGGACUCUAGAUCCUCAAGAAGUUGUUAGAAGAAGGGAGGUAAAAAACUUGGUGUGGUCAUAUAGAAAGAAAUUGGAUUGGAUAUGGUUCCAAAAGUCUAGAGUAAAUUGGGCUCAGAAUGGUGAUCGGAACACCAGAUUUUUUCAUAUUAUGGCUAGCCAAAGGCAGAAUAGGAACUUAGUGGACUCAGUGGUUGUGGAGGGGGCUCGCGUUGAAGAUCCAGCUUUGGUAAAACUAGAAGUGCUGAGGUUCUUUUCAAAGGCAUUUUCGGAAGAUUGGCCAUCUCGUCCUAAACUGUCUGGUAGUUUUGUGAGGAUCAAUAGUGCUAAGGUGGUGGAGUUUCUUGAUCCUGAGUUCACUUUGGAAGAAGUUUGGGAGGCUGUAAAAGACUGUAAUGGGAAUAAAGCUCCGGGGCCGGAUGGUUUCAACAUGAUGUGUAUCCAGAAAUGCUGGAAGACUAUGAAAAGUGAUUUUUUCCAGUUUAUGUAG